AUGGCACAACCAUGGGACUACAUAGCGAAGAUUGUUUCGCUUGGAGACUCGGGUGCUGGCAAGUCAAGUCUUACAGUGCGACUUUGUGAAGGACGCUUCUCUCCACACCACGACGUGACAAUUGGAGUCGAGUUUGGAUCACGAAUUGUUCCUGUUGGACCUCCGGCAUCCCUAACCCUCGGCAUAAAUGAUCCUACUCCAAAUGGCCAAAGCACCAAACAGAACGGACCACAGAAACAUAUGAAGUUAUCAUUAUGGGAUACUGCCGGACAAGAGACGUACAAGUCGAUAACACGCUCGUAUUUUCGUGGAGCAUCCGGUGCCCUGCUUGUCUUCGAUAUCACUCGACGUCAAACGUUUCUUUCGGCUACAUCAUGGUUGAAUGAUCUACGACAUAUCGCCGAGGAAGGAAUCAUCAUCAUACUCGUAGGUAACAAGUCAGAUCUUGCCACCGCAUCGACAGUCUCACCAUCUUCGCCUGCCGACAAGAGCGACCCAUCGCGGACAGAUGAAGCCAACAAGCGACAGGUGACAGUUGAGGAGGCUGAGGCAUGGUGUCGGCAACACGAAGUCUUGCGAUACGUCGAGACUUCAGCUAAGUCUGGCGAAGGAGUUGAAAGAGCGUUCUUGGAGGUUGCGGAACGGAUAUACCAGAACAUAGAAGCCGGCAAAUACGACUUGAAUGAUAGGAGAAGCGGCGUCAAAGGACCAGGAGCUGGUGGUGGCGGCAAAGGGACCGUCAAGUUGAACGACAAUCAUAAGUCUAAAGGUAUGAUGGGUGGAUGUUGCUAA